UUCGCGCGGUAAAGAUGGCGGCGCCCUGUGAGCUGUUUUGCUGGAAGGCUGGUUUGGGGUUACCCUCAGUAGACACAGACAGUCUCAUCGUUCUGGCAUACGCUCGCUUUGCUGGAGCCCCGCUGAAAAUUCACAAGAUCUCCAACCCCUGGAGAAGCCCUACAGGUUCACUUCCAGCUCUCAGGACCAGAGAGGAGGGCAGCUGUUCUCAACCCAGUCAGAUCAUCAUACAGUUGAGAAAACAGAAAUACAAUGCAGACUACGAUCUCUCGGCCAAAGAGGGCGCAGACACGCUGGCCUUCAUCUCGCUGCUCGAGGAGCGACUUUUACCCGCGCUGAUUUACGCUUUAUGGGUCGAUUCUAAGAACUACGUGGAGGUGACGCGUCGCUGGCACGCAGAGAACAUCUCCUUCCCCCUCAACUUCUUCCUUCCGAGUCGCAUGCAGAACAAGCAGUUGGAGAGACUCCGUCUCAUCCGAGGAAACGCUUCGCUGGAGUCAGGAGAAGAGGCGGAGAAAGAGCUUUACCGUGAUGCUCUGGAGUGCCUGAAUCUUCUUUCUCAACGUCUGGGAUCAAACAAAUUUUUCUUUGGAGAUUCGCCCUCUUCUCUGGAUGCAUAUGUGUUCGGUCAUUUAGCCCCACUUAUUAAGAUUCAGCUGCCCAACUGUCGACUGCAACACCACUUGAAACAUCUUGACAACUUGAACACGUUUUGCAGCACCAUUCUGAGCCUAUACUUUCCCAGCGAGGGUCCUGAGGGAGUUGGCCGCCCAGUGUCCCAAGCACAGCAGGGAAGCGACCCUGACAACGAACCGUACAAGAGACGCAAACAGCUGCUGUCAGUGCUGGUUGCCGUGGCAGCGAUGUUGAGCUAUGCUCUCUUCACUGGCAUUGUUGCUAUUGAGCAUGUUCGCGAGGAGGAGCCUGGAGGCCACGCCUCUCUGCAGGGCCCUGUAAAUGAGGAGGAAGAGGAGUAAAUGAAAUUAAGGUUUAAUAUCAGUUGCGCUGGGAGCGGUCACUUUUAUAAUAGGGAGAAACUCGUCUGUGCAACCAUAUGUUGUUAGAACAUUAUUUAUUAUUUAUUCGUUUAUUUGAGCUUUAAUUGCAUGAUGAUCUUUAAUCUUGUAUUUAGACUGCUUUAAUUUUUCAUACAGCUGUACUGUUGCUUACAUCUAUUAACUGGUCAUUUGUUCACAAGUGUUCACUUGUUUUUCUACCAAAAAUAAACAGGGCGACUGUUUAGAGAUGCUUUUUAAGGAACUUAAAAUCAAGAUCAGAUGUGAAAGCACUUAAAACCAGCCGAUGAAAGAUUUCGGCACUUUUCAGAUGAGGCUUUUAUUGCAUUAGGGUUUUAGACCCUUUUGAUAACUUUAUAGUCUCUGAUAAUGGGAGAUAUAAAUCUGUUUGUUCUGUUGCCUUAUUUUUUCCCUGUAGUUUUAUCCUGCCGUUCUUAUGCAUUCUUUAUUUUCUACCUUUACAAGUCAGUCUUUCUGCCAUCGGUAUCGGUCUGCUGUUGUAAGUAAGAUAUAAACUCAAAUGUUUUUGAUGCCAUUAAGGGAAGUAGAAAAUGACAAUAUUCCUGAAAUAAAAAUAGUACCCCUAAAAUGAA